AUGCCAAGCAGUAGCAGGCCCACUCUGGCACGACAUGCGGAUGGACUGGUAAGGCUUGCAGCGCAUCGACCCUCCUUUCAACUUCAGCGAUCUGGUCCUGGUGAUCGCCAUCCUGUUGCGGCUUGGAAAGAGGCCCUGGAAACCCUUUGCAGCGCGUGUAGAUCCAGCGUUGAACGGGACACUGUCGGCUUCAACCUGGCCGCCUCAAAAUGCGAGAAGCAGCAUUUAUGGCCCUCGGUGGUGCAUUUGCUAUCGGUCACACGAGAGUGUGCUCUCCUUCCAGACGAGGUUGGCUUCAAUACAGCCAUCUCUGCCGGCAGUCGCGCAGCGCUCUGGCAGCUCGCCCUGGGCCUCCUAGGCGACCUCAACCUUGGGCGCUUGCGGCAUGACGCCUUUGGUCUAAGUGGAGCCCUGCGUGCGUGCAAGGACGCCUGGAUUCAUGGGAUAGCUUUGCUGAGCUCAGCAUUGGACCAGCAGGUAUCUUUGAACAUCAUUGCCUGGAAUGCCGCGAUCCGAGGCGGUAGUGACCAAGGCGCCGGCGGCUGGCGCCGUACCCUUGUCCUUCUGCGCCAAGCAGCCGCGAAGGCCCCGCCGACGCCGGCCUCGUUUGGUGGUGUGCUCCAUGCUUGCCGCAGUUCAGGCGCUUGGCAUGCAUCUUCUUGGCUUCUGGAAGUCUCCGGCGGCGUGCGUUUGCUGCCCAGUGCCGUAAGCGCUACUUCGGCCCUCGCGGCUUUCAAGGCAUCCGUGAGUUGGCCUCGGACGCUGGCACUGGCUGCUAGCCUCGGCCGAGGCAACCUUGAACCAGAUACAGGCUUCCAUCGAGUUUGCAUCGCAGCGACCACCGCCGACUGGGUUCGCUGCAUGGAGGCCAUGCAGCAGGUCACCGCAGGGGAGUCAGAGGAGAUGCUGACAGAUCUUUCUGCCGCGGUCGCGAAAGCUGGCUGCUGGCAGCAGUGCUUGAGCUUGGGCUCAGCACGAACGCCCUCGGCGGUACGGCUAAAUACGGUCCUCGGGUCCCUUCAAGAUGUCAAGCUCUGGGAAGUGGCUGUUCAGCUCCUUCGUAACUUUCCCUGCGAUCGCAUACAUGCAGACACGACGAGCUUCCACACCACAGCGGCAGCAACUGCAGAGCUUUGGUCAUGGACUUUGGCGAUGCUGGCGGCCAUGGUGCUUUGCAGGCUUCAGCAAAACAUCGUCAGUGUCAACACGGGUGUGGCUGCUCCGAACUCCCCUGGACGCUGGCAGCACGCGCUGAGCCGCCUCGGCCAUGGUACCACGCUGGGUAUCCGUGCUGACCUCGUGGGUUGGAGCACAUCCAUUGCGUCUUCCUCCGCUGCCCGACAUUGGCAGACAGCCACGGACAUGUUCCAUGCGCUUUCCGAGCAUCGGAUGACGGCAGACGUGUUGAGCAGCAACUUGAUGCUGGGGUGUUAUGCGGAGACCGGAUGUUGGCAGCUGGCGGUGCAACUCCUGCUGCACGAGAUGUGCGACAUGUCCGUCAUAGCAGAUGAAAUCAGUUGGAUAUCCACCAUUACCUCCUGUGCCACGACAUCACAAUGGCAGCUCGCUCUUGGCCUGCUGACCGACAUGCGCUUGAGCAG